AUGGCUCCCUCGGCGACGCGGACCGAUUGGGACCAUGAAUAUCACCUUCUAAGAAGAGAAAAUCUCUUUCGAAACCCCCCCGAAGACCAUACGGCCUAUCCUGCACUCCAAUUGGCGGUCAAUCCUCACAUCGAGUCCUUCAAUGCCCUAUUUCGAGACGAUGGCAAGCCCAGUCUCCUCGAUCACGCCUUGGCUGAUAUUGGCACCAAGACCUACUUCGACGGUGACGAGCGAAAGGGGCUUGAUAAUAAGAACAAGCUUAAUAUUCGCAUCAAGAAGGUUAUGCUGAACCGAGCUCAUGUUCCCCCAUCAAAUAAGACCGCCAAGAACCGCGAAAUCUUCCCUGCGGAAUGCCGAGAGCGACAUGUCACAUACCGAGGGCGCCUGUCGGCCACCUUUGAGUACGACAUCAAUGGCGGCGACUCUCACGAAUUUGUUCGCGACCUAGGCCAGAUCCCCAUCAUGCUCAAGUCGAAUCGUUGUCAUCUCGAGAACAACUCACCUGCUCUUCUCGUCGCGCGUAAAGAAGAGUCCGAGGAACUUGGAGGGUAUUUCAUUGUCAACGGUAUCGAAAAGAUCAUUCGUAUGCUACAACUCAACAAGCGUAACUUUCCCAUGGCCAUCAAUCGACCCAGUUUCCAAAACCGGGGCCCCGGUUACUCCUCCUACGGUAUCAUUCUACGCUCCGUCCGCCCUGACGAAACCUCCCAAACCAACGUCCUACACUACCUCAACGACGGCAACGUCACCUUCCGUUUCUCAUGGCGCAAGAACGAGUACCUUGUGCCCGUCGUCAUGAUUAUGAAGGCUCUAGUCGACACGAGCGAUCGCAAAAUUUUUGAGGGCGUCAUUGGUCCCCAGGGCAGCAAGGCAACUGAAAACACUUUCCUGACCUAUCGUGUUGAGCUGCUUCUCCGCACAUACAAGUCAUAUGGACUAUACGCUCAGUACGAGACGCGAGCCUACCUCGGCAAGAAAUUUCGAGUUGUUCUUGGUUUGCCAGAGACCGUAUCUGAUUACGAUGCCGGUACCGAGUUCCUCCGCCGGGUUGUCUUGGUUCACCUUGGCAAUGUCGACGUUACUGAGAAGCAGGAUGAUGAAAAGUUCAGAAUGCUCCUGUUCAUGAUCCGCAAGCUCUACUCCCUCGUUGCCGGUGAAUGCGCUGUCGACAAUCCCGAUGCGAUCCAGAACCAAGAGAUCCUCCUUGGCGGUUUCUUGUACGGCCAGAUCCUCAAGGAGAGGCUAGAUGAGUUCCUUGGAGUCGGGGUUCGCUUGUCUCUGCGUGAAUACUUCCGACGCCACCCUAGCCUCACAUUUCACUCUGAAGAAUUCCGGAAAGACUUUCCCAUAAACAUCUUUCGCAAGGCCAACGAAAAUCUAGGCGCCUCGCUGGAUUACUUCCUCUCCACUGGCAACCUGGUCAGUCCAUCUGGUCUAGAUCUUCAGCAGAUAGCUGGUUUCACUGUCGUGGCCGAAAAGCUCAACUUUCUCCGUUUCAUUGCCCACUUUCGCAUGGUGCAUCGUGGUGCUUUCUUCGCCCAGCUCAAGACGACGGCAGUCCGAAAGCUUCUUCCCGAAUCAUGGGGGUUCAUGUGCCCCGUUCACACCCCUGAUGGUGCUCCUUGUGGCCUGCUUAACCAUUUGGCACACAAGUGCAAGAUCAUGACUGAUCAUAUUGACGUCUCCAAAGUACCUAGCCUCGUUCAGCAGCUUGGUGCUCGGAAUACUUCUACCGCCUCUUCAGCAGAAAGCGUCGUCAUCAUGCUCGACGGGAAAAUUCUUGGGUGGUGUACUCCAAAGGAGUCUGUUCGUGUCGCAGACUGCCUUCGCCACUGGAAGGUGGAAGGCACCCACGGUGUGCCUCUGCACCUCGAGAUCGGGUAUGUUCCACCAUCCACGGGCGGCUCAUACCCUGGUAUCUACAUGACGUCGACACCCUCGCGCAUGAUUCGACCUGUCAAGUACCUGCCUCUGCAAAAGGAGGACAUGGUCGGCCCCUACGAGCAGCCGUACAUGUCUAUUGCUAUCGUGCCCGAGGAAAUCGAAUCCGGCCUGUCGACCCACGUCGAGUUUGAUCCCACAAACAUUCUCUCCAUCUUGGCAAACAUGACUCCCUUCUCCGACUUUAACCAGUCGCCGCGUAACAUGUACCAGUGUCAGAUGGGUAAGCAAACCAUGGGUACCCCUGGUACAGCACUGGUACAUCGUACCGACAACAAGUCAUACCGCUUGCAGACCGGCCAGACACCCAUUGUCCGGGCUCCACUGCAUAAUACCUACGGCUUUGACAACUUUCCCAACGGCACCAACGUAGUCGUCGCCGUUAUUUCCUAUACUGGUUACGACAUGGACGACGCCAUGAUUAUCAAUAAGUCCUCGCACGAGAGAGGAUUCGGUUAUGGUUCCGUCUACAAGACGAAGAAAAUCACCCUCAAGGACGAUGCAAGAACAAAGGCGACUAAGAGUGUGACCAAAGCUUUCGGCUUCGCCCCGCACAGCUUCGUCAGCGCGGCGUACCAGGGUAUGCUGGAUGAUGACGGGUUACCACACGUCGGCCGUCUUGUCCAGGAGGGCGAUGUCAUCUGUGCAUGGCACACGGUGGUACCCGACUACCGUGGUGACCUCGUCAAUCUAGAUGGCAUUACGCAUUACGAGAAAUACAAGGAUGGCGAGACCGGCUUCAUUGAGGAAGUUCGACUAAUUGGUGCCGAAACCGGCUCGGAGUCCUUACAGACUAUCUCGAUCAAGUUCCGCAUUCCUCGCUCCCCUAUUAUCGGUGACAAAUUUUCGUCUCGUCACGGCCAAAAGGGUGUUUGCUCACAAAAGUGGCCAGCUAUUGACAUGCCGUUUACUGAAUCCGGAAUGCAGCCUGAUACCAUCAUCAACCCCCACGCUUUCCCGUCGCGAAUGACCAUUGGCAUGUUCGUCGAGUCGCUGGCCGGCAAGGCCGGUGCCCUGCACGGUCUCGCGCAAGACUCGACGCCGUUCCAGUUUAACGAGAAGCAUAGAGCGGCAGACCAUUUUGGCGAACAGCUCAGACAGGCGGGUUUCAACUACCAUGGCAACGAGCCCAUGUAUUCCGGCAUCACUGGCGAAGAGCUGGCUGCGGACAUUUACAUUGGUGUCGUCUACUACCAGCGUCUGCGUCACAUGGUCAACGACAAGUUCCAAGUGCGUACGACGGGUCCCAUUGUACCGACGACCGGCCAGCCUAUCAAGGGUCGUAAGCGUGGUGGUGGCAUCCGUGUCGGUGAAAUGGAACGUGAUGCGCUGCUAGCGCACGGUACAGCGUUCUUGCUGCAAGAUCGUCUGCUCAACUGCUCGGAUUACACCAAGUCGUGGAUCUGUCGUCGGUGCGGCUCCUUCUUGUCGGUGCAACCAACAGUGUCGCAAUUCGCGCCUUCGAGAAAGAAGGCUCCCAGCGUGGUGCGCUGCCGCCACUGCGCCAUCAGAAUCGACGACGAGGAUGGCAUCGACCUGACGGAGAUUCAGGGUGAGAUCUGGGAGGAUGGUCAGGGCCACUCGUGGGUCGGUGGCGACCAGACCACGCAAAUUGUGGUGCCAGGUGCCCUCAAGUACCUUGACGUCGAGUUGGCGGCCAUGGGCGUCAAGCUCAAGUACAAGAUUGAUCAGGACGAUAAGCCACGCAAGGGUGAACUGAAGCCACUGCCGCUGACAGCCAUCAAGGCAUAA